AUAUUCCAAAACGCGGACAAAACAAAUUCGGUUGACUUGCUGGCUUUGCACAUGUUGAUUACUUGAUAUUCUUUGAAAAACAUGAAGCUCGAUAAAAGCCAAGGGGCCAGAAAACUUCUUCAUACGACUGUAUUUAGUCAGUGCUUUUCUCCUUGUGGUCAGUACUUAGCAGCCUGUGACAAUUAUGGAAAAAUUUCCAUAUUCAGUUUAUCGAAAGCUCUGGCUCCAGAUGCUUCAGAGGAGAAUUGGCAGCAGAUUUUUUCCUUCCAAGCAAGUGAAGAUGGGGCCCUCUACUGCCUGGCAGCAACUUCAGACCUUCUGAUCAGUGCAGGAAAUGGUCCAAUCUGUGCUUGGAAAUGGAAGGAAAUUUUAGACAAAAAUCCACACAUUGUGUGGUCUUUCACUAUCCCGAAAAAGGGCCCGUUCUCCAACCCAGAAGUAAACUCAUUAAUUGUCGAUAAACAGGAAUUGGGCACUACAUUGUUUGCUGGAUGUGGGGAUAAAAAUGUGUAUGGCUGGGAUCUGGAGUCGGGAACACAAGUGCUGACCCUGAGCGGUCACACAGACUACAUACAUGACAUCUCCAUAAAAAAUGACGGUAACACACUAGCUUCUGCCUCAGAGGAUGGAUCUGUCAACAUCUGGGACAUAAGAGACAGUGCUGAGCCAGUACAUUCCAUUGUCCCACACAAAAUAGAGAGUUGUGGUAGGCCCAGUUUAGGUAAAUGGAUUGGAUGUGUUGAUAUGGACUCCUCUGAUGACUGGUUGGUGUGUGGAGGUGGACCAAAAAUGUCACUGUGGCACCUCAGAUCAAUGACAACCACCACCGUGUUUGAUACACCCAAAGUGUGCCAACAAACCGUUCAGUUCUAUGAAGACACGAUAAUCUCUGCUGGGAUGGACCACUUUGUGAACCACUGGUUUGUCAAUGGUGAGCUGAAAGCCCAGGUUCCCUGUACCCCCACCUCUGUGUUCAAUGUCUGCAUCAACAACAGUGAGGAGAAAUACAAGGUUCUAAGUGUUAGUGGUAGCAGUUACAAGAUUGACAUUUGUACAAACUUUGGAUAUAGAGCUUUCUCAUUUGUACUCUCUCCAGAUUAGGACGAUACAAGUGUCUGAGUAAGACACUUGUAUCGUUUACUUUGUAAAAUAUUUCAGUUGUAUAAAGCCUGAAUGUGUUCAAAACUGCAAAGAGAACUGCACAGAUUAUGAGGUCAUAUUGUAUACAUGAAGCUUCUAGUUGAUGUAUGUUUUAUGUUUGUCCCAGCUCUACCAAUCCACUUUUCCAACCUAGCCAUGUCCAAAGAUGAGCAUGGUAAACCUUCGCAUAUUUUGUCACCUUUAAAUAAAGGAAUAAAUAUUGAUAUUUUCUAUUAUAA